UAAACGGUAACGCCAAACCUCCUUUGUUAUUUUGCGCUCUCAAUAGUGUAGUUCAGCUCACGGGAUUUCUAUUACGGGUUGGUUGUGUUUAUAAGAUACGUUUGAGAGACUUUAGGUGCUGAGAUGGCGCAGAGCGAAUCGGCUAGUCACUACGAAUUCGAUGCACCGUCACAUGUCAUUGAUUUCCAAACAUUUGAUACGGAGGAUAACGCAGACAUUUGGUUUGACCAAUGUGCAGGCCAGGAUGAGAGACUGUUUUGCCACCUCGCCACCCCAAACAGAAACAACAUACCAUUUGGUGCGACCCCCAAAGCACACCUGCCCAGGGCGAUUGUAUCUCCCAGGGUGAAAGACAACUCAGACUCGGAGGCCCCAAGCACAUCCUCAGUACCCACCACAGCAGAUACCCCGAGCACGUCCUCAGUCACCCCCUCCAACAUUGUCACCUCCUGGGGAAAUAGGCCAGCACCGGUAGCUGCCCUGCCAAAGAAUGGACCACCUGCCCAACCACGCAGGGUGUCAAAGCGCAAAGAGGCACCCAGCAAUGAGGAAGGACAGCACACCGCCCCUCAAGCCGCACCACCUGUCAAGAAGCCGAGAAGCUCAAACCCAACUGCUGUAAGAACCUUUCGCCCGCAUCGAAGGAGCUCAUCUCUGCCCCCCAAACGCAGUGGUAGUGUCCGUACCAGCGUGCGACUAAACCCCAGAGCAGCCACCCAGGCUCGGCCCGCUGCAGCAGCCCCCAGCACCACACAUGUAUGUCCACCCAGGCAUAAGAGCUCUGAGCAUCAGGAGAUGGUACACAUCAAGACUCUUCAGAAGGAGGUGGCUGACCAGCGGAAGAGGAACGAGGUCAGCUACAAGGCUGCCUUGGCAGGCAGUCAGCUCCCUAAGAAGCUGGCUCUGGCCACCACCGUACCCAAAGAGUUCAACUUCAGCACAGAUGGGCGCGUCAAGGCGGGCACUGCAUCAACCCACAGGGAGGUGGACUUCACUGCUCAGCUCCGCAAGCACCCGGCCUCCCCCGCCAAGGCGCCGAAGGGUGCCACUGUUCCCAAGCCCUUCAACCUGUCCACUGGCAGCAAGAGGAAGGUGGCGGACCCUGUCCCCUUCAUGCCCAUGGCCCAACAGAUUGAGCUGUUCCAGAAACGCACACCGACCCGCUACCACCUUCGCAGUCGACAGAGCCAGGAGAGGGGCCCGUCUCCUGUGAAGAGUGAGCAUCUUAAGAUCACCCACCCUCACACCCCUCAGCUGAUGACCCGGCAGAGGAGCCGUCCCACGGCGGUCAAGAGCAGCGCUGAGCUGGAGGCAGAGGAGCUCCAGAAACUUCAGCAGUUUAAGUUCAAGGCCCUGGAGCUGAACAGGAAGAUCCUGGAGGGGGCGCUGAACCCCAAGAAGCCCACUGUGAAGGAGUCCACUCACCCAGAGGUAUUCCAUAUGCAUAUGGACAAGAGACUUGCGGAGCGUCAGGCCAGCAAGAAGCCGGAGGAGCCCGAGGAGCAGCACACCUUCCACUCCCGCCCACUGCCUGUCAGGAUCCUGGAGGAGGUGGUGGGUGUCCCGGAGAAGAAGGUGCAGUGUCCCACUGUUCCAGAGUCCCCUGCGUGGGCCCUGAAGAAGGUGCGCAUGGACAGAAAAGUGGAGGAGGUGAAACUCCCGGCCCUGCUCAAGGCCCACGCUGUGCCCCACUUUGGCCUGCCCUUUCUGCCUAAGCUCCAGGACAAGACCCAGGUGGAGGUGUGCCCCUUCUCCUUUGAAGAGAGGGAGCGCGAGAGGAGGGUGCUGAAAGAGAAGAGGCUGGAGGAGCUGAGGCACGAAGAGGCGCCAAAGUUCAAGGCCCAACCACUGCCAGACUUCCAUGAGGUGGUCCUGCCAGAGAAGAAGGUGGCUGAGCCCACCAAGCCUGAGCCCUUCAAGCUGCUCCUCGAUGAGCGGGGAGCCGCCAAGAAUGACCGCUGGGAGCAGAUGAUGAAGGAGGAACAGAAGCACCAGGCGGAGGCAGCCACCUUCAAAGCUCGACCAAACACGGCCAUUCACAAAGAGCCGUUCAUGCCCAAGAAAGAGAACCGCUCAGUCCUGGAAGACAUUAAUCAUUCCGUAGUUCCAGAGCUCUUCCAGCUAUCCACAGAGCGCCGCGCCAAGGAGCGGCUGGAGUUUGAGCGGGCGGUUAAUGAAAAGGAGGCGCUGAGAGCUCGCAUGGAGGAGGAGCAGCGGAUGGAGCAGGAGGAGUGCGAGAAGGAGAAAAUGGCCAGGCUACGCCAAGAGCAGGUCCACAAAGCCCAGCCCAUCAGACGCUACAAACAGCUGGAGCUGAAGAAGAGCGACGUCACACUUACUGUGCCCCAGUCUCCCAACUUUUCUGACCGCUUCCGCAUGUGAUGGCUGAUGGAAAGGAUUUAAUUGUGUGUAUAUAACCACUCCAUUUAGUUAUUGUAUCUCACUUCUGUAGUCUUCCUUUUAAUUAGUUUGUAGCUAUACAUUAACUGCAGUAUGUGAAUUCUUCCACAGUAGAGUUAUACCUUGGCUAGUAGAAAGGGUCUGAAGCCAUUUUUCAAGUAAUCUGUUCUUGGCGAUACUGUUUCGGAUGAAAAGUACAUAUUUUAAAUGUCUUCAGUUGCAGGUGGGUCUCCAAAAAAAACAGAGUAUUCUAAGAGCUGGUAAAAUCCUAUGUUUUACACUUAGUGAGGAGUUCCCUUGCCAUUUUAGUCGUGUCUCUGCGACGCUGCAAAGUGUAGCUCUACACACAUGCAAGAGGCAUUUCUCCGCUCUGUAAUCUUUCUGGGGAACCACCUGCAACUGAACACUGAGAUCUAUAAGAUACUUUAGUGCUCAAUUCAGAAGUAUUGUAUCGUCGAACAGGUUAGUUGGAAAAUUGCUUCUGACCCCUUCUACUUGCCAAAGUAUAACGCUAUUAUGGAACAAUUCACAAACCUCUGUGUUAAUGUGUAGCUCAGUAACUUCUAAUCCUAAGAAACAUUCUAACUUCUCAUUCCCAUUUUACCUGUACAUUUUUUGCCCGUUUGUUCUGACUUACUGUCUCAUUCAAUAAUGUAUAAUAAAGUUUUUACUUUGAAUGUC